GGGAGGAGGCUGUUGCUGCUGCUGCAAAGCGCCGCCGGCUGCGCAUUCCUGGCUGUCCCCGGGGAGGGAGCCGGAGCAGGGGCAGGAGCCGUAAAAGGCUCAUUCAUCCACGCGGCAGACACUGCCCGAUUCAUCCGGGCUCCACAGGCUUCGCUUGCGCCGCAGCCCGCCAGCCAUGAAGCGCCUCUCGCCCGUCGCGCAGCCCGCUCGCCCGUCUCCGCUCGGCGUGGCGCUCCUCUUGCUGCUUCUGCUGCUGGCGGCGGCGCCCUCGCCGGGGACGUCGUUGGAGAACCCCAAAGGGAAGGCGAAGGCGCUCCGUCAGAGGGAGGUGGUGGACGUGUAUAAUGGGAUGUGUUUGCAAGGACCUAAUGGCGUUCCUGGAAGAGAUGGAAAUCCUGGAGUCAACGGUAUCCCCGGGACUCCUGGUAUCCCUGGUCGAGAUGGGCUUAAAGGAGAAAAAGGAGAAUGUAUGCGAGAGAGCUUUGAAGAGUCCUGGACUCCCAACUAUAAACAAUGUUCUUGGAGUGCUCUGAACUAUGGCAUAGACCUCGGAAAAAUUGCAGAAUGCACAUUCACAAAGAUGCGCACUAACAGUGCUUUAAGAGUUCUCUUCAGUGGAUCACUUCGCCUCAAAUGCAGAAAUGCUUGUUGUCAGCGCUGGUAUUUUACAUUUAAUGGAGCUGAAUGUUCUGGGCCACUUCCUAUUGAGGCGAUAAUUUAUUUAGAUCAAGGAAGUCCAGAAUUAAAUUCCACUAUUAAUAUACAUCGCACUUCUUCAGUGGAAGGAUUAUGUGAAGGAAUCAGUGCCGGUUUGGUGGAUGUUGCCAUUUGGGUUGGUACUUGCUCAGAUUACCCAAGAGGAGAUGCUUCAACUGGAUGGAACUCAGUUUCCCGCAUCGUUAUAGAAGAGUUACCAAAAUAGAAUGCUCUUCCCAAGUUUCACUUCCCCAACACUAUAUACAAUAUAUAACUCCCCCCUGCUAGUUUUCUAUAUAUGGAAGAAAGCACUUGGCUAUAACGCACAGAUUUUAUAGACAUACCAGUAAGCAGUUGACUUUCCUACUGAAACAAGUAUCCUAGCAUGUUUUUCAUAAUGUUUUGGAAUAUAGAUUCUGAUACAGAAAUCUGUAUUUAUGUACUAUUUUAUAUGAAUUCUAGACAGUUUUUUACAUUUCUUAAUAAAGAUGAUCUUUUAUA